UGCCAAGUGCUGGAGAGAGAAGCCAUGAGUUUGCAGGAGGACAUACUAGAGGGUGAUGAAAAGGCCCUUCUUGCUAAGAAGCUACUGGCAGAAGCCUGUGAGAAAGAAGGACUGGAUAGUAUGUACUGGCUCCCCAAACUGUCAGAGACACUGGGUGUCAAGUCCAGAGAAGCCCUGAAACACCUGGAAUAUGAAGACUACCUUAAGCUGGAGUGUGAAGUACGGUACCCCUGGGAAACAAAGGCACUCUGGAAACUGCUGGAACUAACAGACAACAAAGCAACUUCUGAGGAGCUGCAGAAGGAGUGUUUGGAGAUGACAAAGCAAAGGCAAGAAGAGGCCAAGCUAGUCCUGAAGGAGCUGAAAGAAAUGCACAACAGCCGCAGCCUCAGCAAGGAUGUUCUAAGGCAGAAGGAGGAGGCUCUGUGGAAAGCCAUGGAGAUUCCCAAAGAGUACUGGGCACCGCUGGAGAAGUCACUGGAGGGUGUGCUGGAGAGCAUCCAGAAGCAUCUGGAGCAGCAGGAGUCUUUGGUGAGCAGCGGUCAGAACGUCUCUGACGUGGAGGUGCUGAGGCGGGCGUCGGGAGGACUGGCCCUGCAGGGCAUCUACCAGACCAGCAGCCUCACGGACGUGCUGGCCAGGCGAGAGCAGCUCAUCAGGGCUCCCGAGGGAUUCAAGCUUUCUGGUCCAGAGCAAGGCUCGCUGCUUGAGAGGAAGGAGUUCUCCUCUUCUGCAGCAGAAGCCGCUUUCACCAAGUCCAUGGAGCAGCUGGGGUUCAGUAUCAGCGUCUCUGCCAAAGCCGGCUUCUGGGGGUUUCAUGCUGAAGCUGGUGUAGAUUACAGCAGCUCCUCACAGACAGAGAACAUCCACCAGUCCCGCUCUGACCAGAGCUACCUUUGCACCACCAAGUACCAGUACAUCCCUCUGGCCUCCUGCUACUUCCAAAAGCAUCAGCUUCGCCUCUCGGAUGCGGCCCUGCAGGAGCUACAAGUCAUCGAGCACCUUCUGAGCAUCACUCAGGAAGCAGACAGGCCCAACAUGCUGAAGAGCAGGUGUGAGAGCUUCUUCGGCAGGUUUGGGUCCCACGUAAACCAGGGUCCCAUCCACUUUGGGGGGAUCUUUUGGUGGAAGGCAUCUAUAGAAGGAUUCAGGGCUGAGCAGAGGGAAGAGGUGAGGCAACAAGCAUCUGAAGCACUGAAUAGCUACAUCGAGGCCAGCUACAAAGGCUUUGGUGUCAGCUUGGGAGUGGACAUCGAUGUUUCAAAGUCCAGCUUACAGGCCUCUUUAGAGAGAAAGGACAAAAGCAGUGCCCAGAGAGAGGUCCAGCUCUGUGUGGUCAACACAGGGGGCCCAUCAGAGACACCUUCUCUUCCUCAGUGGAAAAUGGGGCUUGUAGCUAAUAACAAAACCUGGUGUGUUAUUGACCGUGGCUUUCAGCUGAUCCCGGUGUGGGAUGUAAUCCUGUUCAAUCACAGCAGCGAUUUUAAGUCCAUCUAUCAAAUGAGCAGCAGCCUCAGGGCUGCGUACGAAGCGCUAACGGAUCACAGCGUCGGCAGCGUGUUUGGAGAGGAACUGCUCAGCGCAGUGGAAGAGGCCAGAGCUUUCAUGGAGUACGUGAAGACCUGGGAGGUGGCGGUGGAUGAAAAGAAACUGCUCACGCUGAUAGACGUCAAACAGAACCUGAAUGAAAAAACCCAAAACCACAGUGUCUGGAUCAACGUCUGCCAGUGUGUAUAUCCCCCAAACUGGGUGUGCAUGUGAAUUCAGUAGCAAACGUCAAACCAGACCAGCUGGCGAGGGAUGGACUUGGGCCUGGGUAUCAGGAUAGAUGGUCGUUGUCUGCUCCCGCAGUGAGAGGCUGGGAGGGGAGUUCCUCCGAGAAAAAAAGACUCGGACCGGGGCUAGGACGUCUGUUCCUCAGUCACUCCUGCAGUCGAGCAGAGCAA